GUUGACAAGUUUGAGUGCAAUAGAGGUUACUCGCAAUUUGUUUGCGGUUUUUCUAAUAUAUUUUCAUACAGAUUUGCUGGAAGAUGUCUAAUAUUAAUUUACAAUGUCUGUUAGGAAUACAGUGUAAUGAUUUUGUCAUGAUAGCUGCUGAUCAAACUAAUAGUCACAGCAUUAUGGUAAUGAAAGAUGACGAAGAAAAGAUCUACAAGAUAUCCGAUAGAUUGGUGAUGGGCGUGAUUGGUGACUCUGGGGAUACAAGUCAGUUUGCCGAGUAUAUUGCAAAAAAUAUUCAGUUGUACAAGAUGCGCAAUGGUUACGAAUUGGGCCCUACAGCAGCUGCAAAUUUCACUCGUCGGAACCUCGCCGAAUACCUACGUAGCAGCACCCCAUAUUUUGUCAACCUUUUAAUGGGUGGUUAUGACAAAGAGAAUGGCCCAGAACUGUACUUCAUGGACUAUCUAGCUUCUAGUGUGAAAGUCCCAUUUGCUGCUCAUGGUUUUGGUGGCUAUUUAAGUUUGAGCAUUAUGGACAGAUAUCAUAAAAAAGAUGCUACUGAACAAGAGGCAUAUGAAAUAUUGAAGAAGUGUAUUCAAGAAGUGCACAAGCGACUAUUUGUCAGCCUACCUAAUUUCCAAGUUACAGUGGUCAACAGAGAUGGAAUCAAGGUUCUCCCUGUGAUCAAUUCAGCUUCUUUACAGUGAUUUACUAUUUUUAAGGUGAAAAUAAAACAUGUUUCUACUUAUGACUAUAUAUUUUUCUUUCUUGGU